AUGGAUAAAAGUGACAUUGAACUGUUUUUACAUAACGUACAGGAUUCUGCGGGUUUCAUGGUGGAGUCCAUGAACGACCUGGGUACUCUGAAUGCAAGGAAAUCUUCCGUGGCUGUCUCAGCACGCAGGGGAUUCUGGCCAAGCCAAUGGUCAUCAGACGCGGAAUCCAGGAGAAGUGUGGAGACCCUACCCUUCACAGGAGCCAGGGGUUGUGCCACGCUUCGGUGGGGGGAGUGUGACACGGAGGGGGAGCCAAGUGAGGGCAAGAAUCGUAGCAGAACAUUUCAGCUGAAUGAUCACACGACCUGUGGACAACAACAACGGCACAACUCCCCACCCCCUUCCCCUUCCCACUCACCCUCCCCUUCUCACUCCCCCUCCCCUUCUCAUUCCCCCUCCCCUUCUCACUCCCCCUCCCCUUCACAGUCCCCCUCCCCUUCUCACUCCCCCUCCCCUUCACAGUCCCCCUCAGCUUCCCAGUCCCCAUCAUCUUCCCAGUCCACCUCAUCUUCCAAGGCCCCCUCAUCUUCCCUGGCCCACUCCACUUUCCAUUCCCCUUCUCACCACACCUCUCCAUCUCUUUCUGGGACCCCUUCUCCUCCUUCCCAUACCCCUUCUCCUUCAUCUUCGUCAUCCCCAUCUGAACCCCCCUCACCCUCUAUUGCCUUACAUUUCUCUCCACCCCCCUCGCCCUCGCAAUCAGACCCCCCCUCUGAAAUUGUUGCUCCAAUCCAGCCUCCUUCCCCAAUCCCUCCUCCUUCCCCAAUCCCUCCUCCUUCCCCAAUCCAUCCUCCUUCCCCAAUCCCUCCUCCUUCCCCAAUCCCUCCUCCUUUCACCAUCCCUCAGCCGGCUUCACCGAUCAUGCCAAGCUCACCACCCAGUGAAUGGGCACAGGAAGCCCCUGACGAACAUUCCGGGAGUCAGGAUGUUGCCGUGGAAAAUGUUGCCGUUGGAGAUCCAACAUCCUUGCAGGAUAUAGUUUGCAGUAUGAGGCGCCAUCUCCAGGCCUUGGUGGGGCUUUUGGACGCCAUGCAAAAAUUUUGUUAAUUUUAUGAUUAUAAUUAAAAAUAUUAUAAAAAAUGAUAAUAUCAGUAUUCCACUUUUAAAAAAAAAUAAACUAAUAA